CCGCGACGGUCGCACGCAAUGCGCCCUCGACGAAACGUAUCCGAACGUUCCAACUAACAUUUUUAUUUUAUCGUAUAUGCUAAAGCAAAUAUCCAAACAUUCCAAAAAAGUGACAGAUGAUUUUUUAAUUUUUUUUUGAACGUAAACAUUGACAAUGGAAGUUAGUGCGAUGCCGCCGAUGCCACUGGACUUCUCUAUGGUACGGAAUGACAGCGGCUCACCGGGAGGAGGCUUGAGGGAAGAAUCUCCGAGGCCGGUGUCAAACAGCGCUUUUAGAGUUGUUACGCCGAAAGGUGUUUCGGCCAGCGAAGCACUGAGAAACGGAAUCUGCCAGUCGCUGUGGGGCUCCAGCGUCCAGCGCCCGGAGCCCCGACUGGCCUCGCCUCCUCCGCCGCAGACCCACGAUUCUUAUAAUGUCAGAGAAGAAAUCAAAUUCGGCAUCAACAGACUUGUUGGAGAAAGAUAUGAUGAAGAAGAAGAUGAAACACAUAAUACAGAAACAAUCAGACCUGAGAAUGUUUCCCCAAACUCCAGAUGCGGUAGUCCUUGUUGGGCGCCGUCACCUCAAUCUCCUCGUUCGAUUCGUUCUAGUUCCCCUGAACUAGAAGUCGAUUCUCCUCCAUCUUCACCAAGAAGACCACCGGAUUCAUCACCUCCUUUAAAAAGAUCAGAGGCGUUUUCUGUCAGCGCUCUUCUAAGACCGGAUGCGCCGAGAGUACAGCCACAGAGACCGUUCCUGUAUCCGCCGCUUCCUUUCGCGGAGUUCCUCAGAGAUGCGAGUAGUCUUGGUCUUCCUGGUUGGGGGGGUUAUAGUAACUUGUACCUUCACGCCGUGCAAGCGGCCGGACCUGAGUUACUUCGACUACGAGCUGCAGUAUUAGGCGCCCCUAGUCCAUUAACCAGACCAUUGCCUAUUGGAGAUGUCUACUCGUGUGUGAAAUGCGAAAAGAUGUUUAGUACCCCUCACGGAUUAGAAGUACAUGCUCGAAGGUCUCAUAAUGGGAAAAGACCAUUUGCCUGCGAACUGUGCAGCAAAACUUUCGGACAUGAAAUCAGCCUCAGCCAGCACAGGGCUGUGCAUAGCGUGGAGAAGGUGUUCGAGUGCAAACAGUGCGGGAAAACAUUCAAACGGUCGAGCACGCUUUCCACACAUCUGCUGAUCCACUCGGACACGCGGCCCUAUCCCUGCCAGUACUGCGGGAAGCGCUUCCACCAGAAGUCAGACAUGAAGAAACACACGUACAUCCAUACAGGUAAAUUAUACUAA